AUGGCCGAGAACAUCCCCCCAACCGACAACACCCGCGGCGUCCCUUACUACGAGAAGCUCAAGCGUGACCUGCGCGAAACGCUGCAGAAGAAGCGCCUCUUGGACAAGAACAUGGCCACCCUCGAAGACCAGAUCUUCCGCUACGAAGCCUCCUACCUCGAAGAGACGGGCGCCGGCAACAUCAUCAAAGGCUUCGACAACUACAUCAAAGGCUCCUCCACCACGGCCGGCGCCACGAACGCCGGCGCGGGCGGCGGGACGAACACGAGGAGGAAGGGCCAGGUCGUGGAGAGCGACCGGGUCUUUUCGAGGAGUUCGGCGAGCUUCAUGAGGGAGCUCUCCCCGACCUCGUCGGCUCAGACGACACCCUCCCACGCCCCCACCCCCACGUCAGGUAACCCGAAUGGUCCGCUGUCGGUGAGGGAGGGCAAUCAUGCCACGCCGGCGAGUUCGACAAACAUGAAGGCGGGCCCGAAUAAUAAGAAAAAGAAGGGUGAGAAAGAGGAGGAGGACAACGAUGGUAGAGGUCCGAAGAGGUUAAAGAUUACUUAUGCCCGGGGUGGAGUCGGAGACUGA